AUGAGGGUAAAGGAGAGACCGUUCACGUGCGAGAAUCGUGGAGAAUCCUUCAUGCAGCGAUGUAAUUUAAACACGCACAUUUCUGCGGCUCAUGAGAGAAGGGAGCCGUUCACUUGCCAGAUGUGUAGUAAAGCCUUCUCCAGUCGAGCAGGUUUAAACGCACAGAUUUCUACGCUUCAUAAGAGUGAGUUCACUAAUUCUUCAACGAUAUUCCCAGUCGAUUUUUGGUACGAAAGGAGAUGUGUGAAUGUCGAUCCAUUUGGAGUCCCAGCCACAAUUGCUACUGCUGUUGUAGCAGACUUUGCAAUGGCGAAGGAUGUUGUUGCGGACCCUAUUAGUGUGGGCACAGCUUCACCUAACGUGGCGUCGAACUGCAAGGAGACAGAGACCAGUGCUGCCUACUUCAUUGGCCAGCUAGUGGACAUUGCGGGGAUAGACAGCGACCUUCUGUGCAAUGAGUACUUGGCACACGGCACAGGUGUGGGCACAGCUUCACCUAACGUGGCGUCGAUCUACAAGGAGCCAAAGACCAGUGCUGCCUACUUCAUUGGCCAGCUAGUGGACUUUGCGGGGAUAGACAGCGACCUUCUAUGCAAUGAGUACUUGGCACACGGCACAGGUCAGAUCUAA